UUUUGCUUUAAAAGCCAUCAUUCUUCCCUCACAAAACGUGCUUUACACCUAUUUCCAGUAACUAUAACUGCCUAAGUACAUACUGAAACUUUUUCUUCCGAUUUUCGUACCUGUGUAGACAGGCUGAUAAUGGAAAGUUAAUGAAAGUAUCGGUACAGCUCAUCUAAUAUCUUAAAUUUAGUUUGGGAAGCAUGACUUCUGCCAACCAAACUCCUUCUUCCGGACCAUCGACCCCCUAUAGCCGUGAGUGGAGGGAAGCCUUGACUGGUCGGGACCUGCUUAAUUGGGCUUUCCCAAGCGUUACCGAGAUCAGUGAGGCCGCGAUCGAGGGCAUUUUUUGCAAGAAGGAUGAGAAUUCAAUCAUUCCUUGUAGUGAAAUCGCAACUCUCCAAACAAUUCCCUCGGCCAAGAACCUCCUUUACGCUAAACGCCUUAUUGGCGAGCUUGAUACUGGGGCAAGAACACGCUCCCAUACAAAUGAAGGCUCCUGGGCCGUGAGGAUCGGUAGCUUCGGUAAUUUCGAUAAAACGACAAUCAAGCUUCUCGACCCAAUAGUGUUCGAAGCUAUGGAUAUGGCUAGAGGCAUCCGUGAAAUGCUGAAAUGGAUUGGGGACAAUGCCUCUUCUGCGAGAGACCCAUUUGCUGUUUGGUUCCGCGACCAGUUACUCAAUGCCCCAAACAUUAUGCAACUAAGCUUUAGAGCAUCUACUCAUGUGCCACUCAACUUGAGCAGUGCCUUGUUUUUCAGGAACGAGCAAUACAUCGAUGACGAAGCAAUACGUCUUGUCCUGGACCUUUUUUCGGAGCACUAUACAGCCAAUAAUCAGUAUAUUUUCAUCCCACCAUUAAGAAUCCAGCAAUGGACGAGCAGCACUAAAUACAACAAGUCAUUUCUCUGGAAAAAAGAAGAGCUUGAAAGUGGGCGAGUCGAAAAGGCCUUCGCUGUAGUCCACAUGCAGCAUUUAGAUCAUUGGGGAGCCGUACAGAUCGACUUCAUCAACCAGGAGUUGUCAUUUGGUGACUCUCUUGCGAUGAAUUGCCCAAUUACUGUAGAGUCUGGGAUCAGGAAAUGGCUGGUGGCCUGCAAAAUUGGAGAAAAUAAAUGGAAGAGAGGAAUGGGGUUGUUUCGUAUCGCCCGGCAACCAUCAACAAGCGGUUCAUGUGGAAUAAUUGCUCUCAAUGCAAUUGAGCAUGCUGUUAACCCAAGCAUAAGCCUCUGGGAGCCCCAGAGUGCUGUAGAACAUCGCAUGCGCAUGCUUGAGUUAGUAACCGCCUACUCCACAGUAAGUAGUCUAAAUAACUAUUCCAUUUUGGAUAUGUUAAGUCCUUUCGGCGCUGAGGGCCUAAAUGCCGUUCACUGAAGCCAUCGACAUAUUACGGCCUUCAUUAUAGCUUUCUCCCCCCGAGGUCCCCGAGGUCCCCAAGGAAGGUUCAAGCGACAGCAGUGAAGUCGGGCAAGAUGAGGAAAGUGGCCAACAAAAGGACGUCGAGGGUGAGAGUCAAAGUGGUAGUUGUGAUGGCAGCCAGAGUGAUAGCGAAACUGGGGGCUACUAUGACAGAGAAGGCUAUCGCCUAAGCGAUACCGAUGAGGAUAGUCAAAGGAAUACUAACGGGGAGGAGACAGAGGAUGAUGAAGAGCGUCAAUGCUCUAAUUUAGCUAGUGAGGCUGGCUCAAAGGA